GCCGCCUUCCUCGACACCUUCCUGGCCACCAACGCCAUGCUCAGCAUGGCGGCGCUCAGCAUCGACCGCUGGGUGGCCGUGGUCUUCCCGCUGAGCUACCGCGCCAAGAUGCGGCCCCGCGACGCCGCGCUCAUGGUGGCCUACACGUGGCUGCACGCGCUCGCCUUCCCCGCGGCUGCGCUCGGCCUGUCCUGGCUCGGCUUCCACCAGCUGUCCGCGUCCUGCACGCUGUGCAGCCGGCGGCCGGACCUGCGCUUCGCCGUCUUCACCGGCGCCUUCCACGCGCUCAGCUUCCUGCUGUCCCUCGUCGUGCUGUGCUGCACCUACCUCAAGGUGCUCCAGGUGGCCCGCUUCCACUGCAAGCGCAUCGACGUGAUCACCAUGCAGACGCUCGUGCUGCUGGUGGACAUCCACCCCAGCGUGCGGGAGCGCUGUCUGGAAGAGCAGAAGAGGCGGAGGCAGCGUGCCACCAAGAAGAUCAGCACCUUCAUAGGCACCUUCCUCGUGUGCUUCGCGCCGUACGUGAUCACCAGGCUGGUGGAGCUGUCCUCCGUGCCCAUCGGCGCCCACUGGGGGGUGCUGUCCAAGUGCUUGGCCUACAGCAAGGCGGCCUCCGACCCCUUCGUGUACUCCCUGCUGCGACACCAGUACCGCCAGAGCUGCAAAGAGAUUCUGAACCGGAUCCUGCACCGGCGCUCCCUCCGCUCCUCGGGCCUCGCGGGGGACCCCCACAGCCAGAACAUCCUGCCGGUGUCUGAGUGAAGCCCCGCUCCUGCAGGAGGGUUUGGAGAGCGGCAGCUGGUGAGAAGAGGGGAGGGCGGGGGGCUCCCGGGCGGGCCACCCCCCUGACACGCCCAGCGGUGGGGUCCCCAGCUGGUGACCGGUGAAGCCUGCCUCCUGGCCCCUGCGGGCAGAUGCUGGGCUGUCCCGUGACCCACGGGGUGGGGGCGCACUCUCUGGCUUCUUCUCCUGAGACGCUCCAAGAGCUCUUCCCCGCCCCAGAGGCUCGGGGGACCACACUCAGCACUGUCUCGGUCAGGGAUGCAGUGCUGGUGGCAAGUUGGGGAGCACGGGGGCCCCCAGGCUGCUCCCCACUGGACUUUGGCUCCAUGCCGAAGACAGCGCCGUCUCUUCUCCCGUGGACGACACCCAGCCGCCGGGGAGGCUGCGGGGGCGUGUGGCCCGCUCACAGGUAGCUGGUGAACUGCUCCACGCGGCUCGUCUGCUCCACGCGGCUCGUCUGCUCCACGCGGCUCGUCUGCUCCACGCGGCUCGUCUGCUCCACGUGGUCGCGGGGCUGCAGGAGCCCGGACGUUGGGCUGCACCAGGGGACACGUGGCUGGGCCCCGGGCCGGCGCCUCGGCACAGUGCCCGACAACGCCACAGUCGCCGACUCUCGUCUUAGACGUGGGUCUGCUGGAUUCUGCUCCGGCCCUGUAGCGCCCUCCCAAAGCGACGCGUGUGCGGACAGGUUGGCGCGGAAGCCGUGCGGACAGGCCAGGACACGUGCGAGGGGACGAGCACUCGUGGGAGUCUGACCUUGAAGGCCCCUCUGGUUUGCACAGCAUCGGGCCGGAGCCCAGGAGAGGAGGAGGCUCCUGCCCCCCACCUGUGACCCGAACUGGCAGGGGGUGUUCUGCCUUCACACGCACAUCUCUUCCGGCACCUCCUCGGGCGAGAACCGCGCUGUGCAAGGGGUGGCCUUGAUUUCAGGGUGCGGGGGUGCUCCCUAGCCUCGCGUGGAGGCUGUCCGAGAGAUGAGAAAGCGCCCUGUGCAGAGGGAGAGUGACAUUUUACCGGACGCUGGACAGUCCUCUCUACGCCUGCCCCCCCACCGUCCUUGCCGUGAUUUAAUAAAAGCCGAGGUGCGUGGCCCAGCUUCCUCCCCUCCCCGUCUCUGUUUGCCCUUUCAAAGUGCAUCACUCUAAGAACAGGUUCUUCUAACCCUCUAAGGGGAGAGCGACACGUCCCCUCCCAGCUCCACGCUUCCGAAUUUUGGGGGUGCGGAGGGGUGGACACAGCCCACGGGACACCUGGCAGAGCCUGCAGGCCCCGCUGCCAAGCCGCCGGGGUGGGAAGGAGGACAUGAGCGUCGCGUGUGAAAGCCGCUCUUGCUAGAAGACCAGUGGCCGGCCAGGCCGGCCGGCGCAGCUUCGGGGUUUCCCUGGAAACCAGACAGAGCCAGAGGUAGCUGCUCAGGGCUCCCACCUCCCCGGGGCAGGUGGGGCUCACACCUGCGUGGAGAAGCCAGCGUCCAGGGACAGCACGCUGGUGGCUUGACGUCAGCCGUGGCGGGAAUGUCAGCAGCGAGGAAGCCAGCAAGGGCGGCUGCAGGCCUCCGCCCUGGAGCGGGCGCCGCCCGCCGGCCUCGUGGGCUGACGCCGUCUUGCUCUCGCCGCUCAGGCCUGAGCAGCAGACCCUCUUUGGCGGUGCUUUCCUGGCGACAAGCAGCUGUUACCCCCUUUUUCUUCCAACCCCCAAAGUAGUAGAGGCUGGAAGUUAGCCCGGCGCCGAGAAGACCUAGGCAUGAAAUCUGGGCCUGGCGCCGCGCUCAAACCGGGCGAGAGGGGAGCGGAGACCCAAGGGGGUGGACAUGCAGGUAGCAGGCACGGUGGCAGCAGCGCCAGGCGGGUGAAGCACCCGCAGGCCCCGUUCCUGCCCUGCUCAUUGGCAGCACGAGGCACUCCCAGAAACAACCCUUUGCCUCCUCUUUGGCGAAGCCCGGUGGUCUGCCCCCCGCCACGCUGUGUAUCUUGAAAAGAUGCAUUUCAUAAUUUCACUCAGUCUGUAUUACUGCAAAAAUGCCAAUAAACCAGUUGUGUGACGCGGCGUAGACUCAACCCUCCUGUGGCCGGUCUCCCUAGGGCUCUGGGCGACGACCCUGGG